AUGGCUAGUACAUUGACCGGCGACGAUCUGGCGAGGCUAAACGCCGGCAGGAAAAGUUUGGCGAAGUCAUCGGGGCGGCGGAGCUUCGCGGAGGUGUUGCAGCGGCAGUCGGAUGUGUUCUACAGUUUCCGAGCUAGUGUAGAUGGGGAGGAGGAGGAGGAGGAGCUGCGUUCGGCGGCGAUCGAGCGUCUUCCGACCUACGAUAGGAAUGGCGAGAGCACAAUCGCCAAGGCGCUCGACGACGGCAUGGUUAAAGCCAGUGAGAUCGACGUUAAGAAGCUUUGCGGCAAAGAUAGGAAGGAGCUGCUGGAGAAGGUAUUCAAACUAGUCGAUGAGGACAAUGAGAAGUUUCUUCAGAGGAUAAAAAGCCGCGCGUAUAGGGUUGGGAUCGAGAUCCCCAAAAUCGAAGUACGAUACGAGAAGCUAUCGGUUGAAGGAUAUGUGCACGUCGGGAGCAGAGCACUUCCCACUCUGCUCAAUGCUACAAUAAAUGCAAUUGAGGGUUUUCUUGAAGCAAUUAGGAUAGUUCCUUCUAAGAAACGAAAGAUCACGAUACUUAACAAGCUCAGUGGCAUUGUCAAACCAUCGAGGUUAACCCUACUGUUGGGUCCACCUGGUGGAGGGAAAUCUUCAUUUCUCCUUGCACUUGCAGGGAAGCUUGAUGGUAGUUUAAAAAAAUCUGGAAAGAUCAUGUAUUGUGGGCAUGAAUUUAGCGAGUUUGUUCCUCAAAGGACGGGUGCUUAUAUAAGUCAGCAUGAUCUUCAUUAUGGAGAGAUGACGGUGAGGGAGACACUUGGUUUCUCGGGCAGGUGUUUGGGUGUUGGGUCACGAUAUGAUAUGUUGAAAGAACUCUCAAGGCGGGAGGCAGUGGCUGGAAUCUUACCUGAUGCUGAGCUUGAUGCAUUUAUGAAAUCAGCAUCAAUCUCAGGACAGGAAACCAGUUUGGUCACGGAUUAUAUUCUCAAGAUACUUGGUUUAGAUAUAUGUGCAGAUACUAUGGUUGGUGACGAUAUGAGAAGAGGGAUUUCAGGAGGACAAAAGAAAAGAGUAACUACUGGGGAAAUGCUUGUUGGACCUGCGAGAGCACUUUUCAUGGAUGAAAUAUCUACUGGGUUGGACAGUUCCACCACUUUCCAGAUUGUCAAAUGCAUGAGACAAAUGGUUCACAUAUUGGAUGUGACCAUGAUCAUUUCACUACUGCAACCUGCUCCAGAGACCUAUAACCUUUUUGACGACAUUAUCUUACUGGCAGAAGGUCACAUUGUCUAUCAAGGUCCCAGAGAAACAGCCUUAGAUUUCUUCAAGGGCUUGGGCUUCAAAUGCCCUGAUCGAAAAGGAGUUGCUGAUUUUCUUCAGGAAGUGACAUCAAAGAAGGAUCAAGAGCAGUAUUGGUACCAGAAGGACAAGCCAUAUAGAUAUAUAUCUGUUCAAGAAAUGGCAGAAACCUUCAAGUCUUUUCACGUUGGCAAGACCAUCAGUGAAGAGCUCAGAAUUCCUUAUGACAAAUCUAAGACUCAUCCAGCAGCUUUGGUGAAGAAAACCUAUGGAAUUCCCAACAGGCAACUCUUUCGCGCUUGCUUUUCAAGGGAAUGGUUGCUGAUGAAACGAAACUCUUUUCUUUAUGUAUUCAAGACUGUUCAGAUAACAAUCAUGUCCAUAAUAUGCUUCACAGUGUUCUUUAGAACACAGAUGCCAUAUGGUCAAUUAACCAAUGGAGGCAAAUAUUUCGGAGCUCUUUUCUACAGUCUUGUCAAUCUCAUGUUUAAUGGGAUGGCUGAACAAGCACUGACAGUAUUCAGAUUGCCAGUCUUUUACAAACAAAGAGAUUAUUUGUUCUAUCCUGCUUGGGCCUUUGCAUUACCCAUAUGGAUCUUAAGAAUCCCUAUAUCACUCCUGGAAUCCACAAUAUGGAUUGUGCUAACAUACUACACAGUUGGAUUUGCUCCUUCUGCUGGAAGGUUUUUCCGGCAAUACUUGGCAUUAUUUAGCAUACAUCAGAUGUCUCUUGGUUUGUUCCGAUUCAUUGCUUCAGUUGGAAGAACUCAAGUUGUUACUUCAACACUAGGGACCUUUUCCUUGCUUGUGAUCUUCGUCCUCGGUGGUUUUAUAAUUUCCAAAAAUGACUUAGAACCAUGGAUGAAAUGGGCAUACUAUAUUUCUCCCAUGAGCUACGGACAGAAUGCUAUUGCAAUAAAUGAAUUUCUUGAUGAAAGAUGGAACAAACCUAUGGAUCCCAACAACAAGCUGCCUACAGUAGGGAAAAUCCUCCUCCAGGAAAGGGGUUUCUAUACAGAUGAAAAGUGGUUUUGGAUUUGUGUUGCUGCACUCCUGGGAUUUUCUAUUCUCUUUAACAUAUUAUUCAUUGCAGCACUGACUUUCUUGAAUCCUUUGACUGAAUCAAACACAAUGCUGGAGGAUGAUGACAGCAAAAAUAAGAAUAAUUCAGCUAAAGAUGAGGAAAUGAAAGAAAUAAGUUUGGACGGCUCUCCUAUGCACACAGCCCCAAAAGUGAUGGCUUUACCUUUUCGACCUCUGUCACUUGUGUUUGAUAAUGUUAACUACUUUGUCGAUAUGCCAGCUGAAAUGAAAGCUAAAGGCGCGCAAGAUGAUCGUCUCCAACUACUUCAUCAUGUGAAUGGUACUUUCAGGCCAGGAGUAUUAACAGCGCUUGUCGGUGUCAGUGGUGCUGGCAAAACAACCUUAAUGGAUGUUUUAGCCGGAAGAAAGACAGGUGGAUACAUUGAGGGGAAUAUCAACAUUUCAGGUUACCCGAAGAAGCAGGAAACAUUUGCUCGAAUCAGUGGAUACUGCGAACAGAAUGAUAUUCAUUCACCUCAUGUCACAGUUUUCGAAUCUGUUUUAUAUUCUGCCUGGUUACGACUUCCAAAAGAAGUGGAGGAAGCAUCAAGAAAGGCUUUUGUCAAUGAAGUAAUGGCAUUGGUGGAGCUUACAUCAUUAAGAAAUUCUUUAGUCGGGAUUCCUGGAGUCAGUGGCCUUUCAACUGAACAGAGAAAGAGGCUAACAAUUGCUGUGGAGUUGGUUGCAAAUCCAUCAAUAAUUUUCAUGGAUGAACCAACUUCCGGUCUCGAUGCCAGAGCUGCUGCCAUUGUAAUGCGUACAGUGAGAAAUACAGUCGAUACAGGCCGGACUGUAGUCUGCACAAUUCAUCAGCCUAGCAUAGAUAUAUUUGAAGCUUUCGAUGAACUACUAUUGUUGAAAAGAGGAGGGAGGGUCAUCUAUGCCGGGCCUAUCGGUUGGCGAUCUCAGAACCUGAUAGAAUAUUUUGAGGCUAUUCCCGGGAUCCGAAAAAUCGAAGAUGGAUACAAUCCAGCUACAUGGAUGUUGGAAGUAACUACAACUGCAAUUGAGAAUCAACUUGGAGUUGAUUUUGCAGAUAUUUAUGCCAAUUCAUCUCUUUAUAAGAGGAAUAAAGAUCUUAUAGAAGAACUCAGUACUCCUCCACCAGGUUCAAAGGAUCUCAGUUUCCCUACAAAGUACUCUCAGCCAUUUAUCACUCAGUUCAGAGCUUGCUUCUGGAAGCAGUUUUGGUCGUACUGGCGCAAUCCCAAAUACAAUGCCGUACGAUUCUUCAUGACAGUCGUCAUUGGUACAAUGUUCGGCAUCAUUUUCUGGCAGAAGGGACAGAAAACCGCAAAACAACAAGAUCUUCAGAACCUCGUUGGAGCUAUUUAUUCGGCAAUCCUCUUCCUCGGCGCCACGAACUGUGAUAGCGUGCAAAGCGUCGUUUCUGUAGAGAAGACAGUGUUCUAUCGCGAAAGGGCAGCUGGAAUGUACGCAGCCUUGUCUUAUGCAAUCGCGCAGGUGGCUAUAGAGAUCAUAUAUGUCGCAAUACAAACACUGGCGUAUGAUCUACUGCUGUAUUCGAUGAUCGGAUUCGACUGGAAGAUCGACAAAUUCCUAUGGUUCUACUACUUAAUCUUCAUGUGCUUUGUCUACUUCACUCUAUUCGGAAUGAUGCUCAUUGCGAUCACCCCCGGCCUACAAUUCGGCGUCGUUAUGGUCGGGUUCUUCCUCAGCUUAUGGAACUUGUUCUCCGGCUUCCUUAUCCCCCGAACGAAAAUCCCGAUAUGGUGGAGAUGGUACUAUUGGGGUUCUCCGAUGGCCUGGACGAUAUAUGGCCUUGUAGUCUGUCAAGUUGGCGACGUGACAUCUCCGAUGGAGGUCACCGGAGUUGGCCAAAUUCCGGUGAGGGAGUUCCUCAAACAGUACUUCGGAUAUGAUCACGACUUCCUGCCGGUAAUCGGCUUCAUGCAUCUGGUUUUCGUCGUCUUCUUCGCAUUGAUCUUUGCCAUGGGGAUCAAGAAUCUCAACUUCCAGAGGAGAUAA